CUUCCCUCUUUCCACCGUCCUUAGCAGCAGCAGCACCGGGGUGGAGGAGCUCCGCCGGCGGGGAGGAGCGGCCGGCUGCGGCCUGCGCUGUUCACGCUCCCUCAGGACAGCCUUGGGGCGGGGAGGGGGGAGCGCUCCGCCAUCCUCCUCCUCCCUUUUCUCCUCCUCCCACCGCAGGCUCAGCCCCGUUCCGCUUCUCCCCCCUUCCCGCAAAGCCCCUGACCUACUCCGAGCCUGGGCCAGAGGUAGGUUCCCGCCUCGCAGAGGCACUUUACCGUGGCUGCCUCUCGCCGGCCCCGGCCGUUUGCCGCAGGGGCGCAGGCACCCACCUGCCCGCUUCCCCCCGCAUCCGGGAGCCGCGGAGCCCUUCACCGAGGCAGGCAGAGGCGCCACGGCCUCCCCGAAGCGGGGAGGCGGCGGUGCGGUAGCCGCGCCUGGCUCUGCCCGACCGGCGUUACCUUCCCCUGAGUCUCCCCACCGGCCGUGCCUCGGCGGGCCCGGUGGCUGCCUGGCCUCCCCAUCCCCUCAGGAGUAAAAAACAGUACAGGCUUUGGUUUUGGUCGCUUAAGUUGAUUAGUUCCGUUCCUGCAGAAGAUCCGGAGGAGAGGUGGCUGGGUAGAAGGUGUGGUGGCUCUGGUGGGAGUCCAUCUGGUCAGGUGCAGAGGUGUCUGGAGAAGGAGGUGGUCAGCGGCUCUUCCCAAAGUGGUCCCGGGACGCUGUUCCCAUAGCUGGAGCCCAUUGGCUUAAAACGCUUCAUCCCCUGGUCCUGCCAGGGGUUGGCAUGGAUGCUGUUGAGGAGAGGGCCCCCAGCCUGCUCCAUCUGGCUCCCUGCUGGCCUGCGGCACAGCUGAGUCUUUAACCAUGGAGUAGAGGUGCCGGUGUCAGGGCAGGGGAUGUCCGUAGCCACCCCACCCCGUGUCUCCCACGCUGGCAUUCCUCCCUCCUGUGCUAGCAGGUGGUUUAUAGCCAUCACUCAGUCUUGCAUGAAGAGACCUCGAAGACCACUGAGCUUUCUCCAUUGACAGACAAGAAUAUAUGCCGAUUCUGCUACAACUCACAAGAAAAAUGAUAUUCAUCCAGCAUUCCUGAGUAAUAAGAAUGGGUCCAGAUGUACCUCUGCUGAAUGAUUACAAACAGGAGUUCUUUUUGAAGCGCUUUCCACAGACUGUGCUGGGAGGUCCCCGGUUUAAAUUAGGCUAUUGUGCCCCUCCUUACAUAUAUGUGAAUCAGAUUAUUCUUUUCUUGAUGCCAUGGGUUUGGGGAGGAGUAGGAACACUUUUGUACCAGUUAGGAGUUAUGAAAGACUACUAUACUGCAGCACUUUCAGGAGGACUGAUGUUUGUUACAGCACUUAUUCUUCAGAUGACAAAUCUGUAUGCAAAACAGAAAACAGUGACAGUAGAAAGAAUACAAAUUCAGAAUACCCUAACAGAUGAAGAUGAGUUUGAAUUUUCCAGCUGUGUAGGUUCAGAGACAGUAAAAUUUAUUAUUUCUGGCAAGAAGUAUAUAAUCAACACUGUAUUUCAUUCCCUUCUGGCAGGGGCAUUGUGUGGGUUGGGAACUUGGUAUUUGCUGCCAAACAGAAUAACCUUGCUGUAUAGCAACAUUGGAGGAACGGUUAUGAUCUUUGUAUUUGGAUGGGUGACUAUAUGUAUAGGAGAGUAUUCGUUAAUCAUAAAUACAGCUACCGAAACAGCUACUUUCCAAGCACUGGAUACUUAUGAAAUCACUGCUCUGAUGAGACCUUUCUACAUUUUUGUCUUUAUUGCAGUGGAUCUUGCACACAGGUUUGCUGUCAACACACCCAUUCUAGAACAGACAAACCAGAUCUUGCACAUCAUAUUUCUUUUUCUGCCGUUCUUAUGGGCAGUGGGAAUUCUGCCCCCGCUUGACGCACUUUUUCUGUGGGGAAUGGAACAACUGUUGGAGUUUGGACUAGGAGGGUCACCUAUGUCAAGUAACACAAAGUUAUUAGUAAUGUUUCUCAUUUCUGCUGGAACAGCAAUAGCAUCGUAUUUCAUUCCCAGCACUCUCGGUGUGGUCCUCUUCAUGACUGGAUUUGGGUUCAUACUGAGUCUUAACCUAAGCGAGAUUGGUUUUGCCUUCAAACACACCAUGAUAAGCCAUGUAACCUCCAGCAAAUUUAAAAAUAUGCACAGAGGUCUUAGAAUACAAUUUGGGUGGAGGGAAUUUAUUUUUUAUUUGACUGUAUUGAUGUUUACUCUCAUAGAAGCCAGCCUGCUUCAUCAAUUUGCAGGCUUUUCAUCGUUUUCCAAAGUCAGUCCUCAGGCUAUAGUGAGUUACAUUCUGAUCAUAUUACUUAUAAUUGUAUGGAUUCUUAGAGAGAUUCAGAGAGUGUACUUGUUUGGAAUCUUCCGAAACCCCUUUUAUCCAAAGGAUGUCAGGACUGUGACUGUGUUCAUGGAGAAGCAAAGAAGGCUAAUGAAAGUUGGUGUUGUCAGGAGGAUUUUACUAACACUAGUGUCCCCGUUUGCUAUGAUAGCAUUCCUGUCACUAGACCGUUCGCUACAAAAUCUUCAUUCUGUGUCUGUUUGCAUUGGAUUCACAAGAAUAUUUAGGAUGGUCUGGCAGAAUACAGAAAAUGCCCUACUGGACAUAGUAGUUGUGUCAGUAGCACAAAUGUUGGUGUUAAAUCCAGACCUCUGGUGGAACAAGAGCCUUGAUACAGGAAUCAGACUCCUGCUGGUUGGUAUCCUACGGGAUCGACUGCUUCAGUUUGUCUCAAAGUUACAGUUUGCCAUAGCUAUUGUUUUGACAUCAUGGACAGAGAAAAAACAGCGUCGCAAAUCUACUGCCACUUUAGUCACGCUCAAUGUCGUUUUCUUCCCGAUCCUGCUGACCUUCAUCGCUGUCUCUGCGCUCCUUUCUUCUCCCUUGCUGCCGCUCUUCACGCUACCGGUAUUUUUGAUUGGGUUUCCUAGGCCUAUCCGAAGCUGGCCAGGACCUGUGGGUGCUACAGCUUGUGUUUGCUCCGAUACCGUGUACUACCAGCAGAUGGUUCCAAGUCUGGCUGUUGCUCUGCAGUCUGCACUAGCAGCCGGUAGCCUAGGUCUCUCUCUACCUGGAUCACAUUACUUGUGCCGUUUUCAAGAUAGACUGAUGUGGAUAUUGGUACUGGAAAAAGGCUUCACAUACUGUGGUGUUAACAUUAAGGGGCUAGAAUUGCAGGAAACAUCCUGUCAUGCUGCUGAAGCUCACAGAGUUGAUGAAAUUUUUGAAACGGCCUUCGAACAUCAGGAGCAGACAAAGAUUCUCUCUCCUAAUCACUAUUUUGGACACAUUUUGACUCCUUGUACUGUUCUACCUGUGCGGCUGUAUUCCGAUGCCAAAAAUGUGUUAUCUGGAAUAAUUGACUCUCAUGAGAAUUUAAAGCAUCUGAAAGAUGAUUUUGUUAAAGUUCUUGUCUGGAUGCUUGUCCAGUAUUGUUAUAAAAAAUCAAAAACAUGGGAAAGCCUGGGCAAUGCUGACGAGAACAAAAAAGGAUCAUUUCCAGAAAAUCAGCAUAGCUGUGCAAUAGAAAGAUCCAGGCCUCUGAGGGAAGAAGAUAGUUUUAGUGUUGAUACAAUUGAGGACUGGACUGAUGAUAGUGACAUUUUUGAUCUUGAACCCAGAAUGAAAGACAGAAAAGAACCUCGGCAGUGGGGAACUACACCAAAAGUACAUCUGUCUAUUCCAGGAUCUGUAGAAACACAGAGCCAAGACAGCCCACAAGAAAUGUCACCAGAAGAUAAGUUAUACAGGGCUGUUGUGCUUGGGCUUCCUGCUGUAGACAAAGGGAAACAGCAAGAAGUUUUACCUAAGGUUGCAUUUAGUUGCUCUUACUCGGAGCUAUUGAGCAUUCCUGAAGAAUGGAGAACAGCCCCAGUGCCUACUUCCAAAGUCAAUGAAAUGAGGCAGAGGUUUCCAGAAGAAUGGUACCACUUCAUUUUGAGUCAGCUGGACUUCUUUCAUCUGAAAGAAAAGCCUUCUAAUUUACUUGAAGACCUUAUGAAAGAUAAAGCUUUGAAAGACUUGUACAUCCAUGGAGUAUUGUCGUGUUGUUUUGGUCUGUUUGGACUGGAUAACACCGUGCCUGCCCCGAGCCAUGUGUUCAGAGCGUACACUGGUGGUAUUCCGUGGUCUGUUGGUUUGGACUGGCUAACUGGCAAACCGGAGCUAUUCCAACUUGCAUUGAAAGCAUUCAGAUACACGUUUAAACUUAUGGUUGACAAAGCAAGCCUGGGUCCAGUUGAGAACUUCAAAGAGCUGGUUAACUAUCUGGAGGAAUAUGAAAACGAUUGGUACAUUGGACUGGUAUCGGAUCUUGAGUGGCAGCAAGCAGUUCUUCAGGAAAAGCCAUACCUUUUUUCACUGGGGCACGACCCAAACAUGGGAAUUUACACUGGGCGAGUCCUCACUCUUCAGGAACUCUUAGUACAAGUGGGAAAACUUAAUGAUGAAGCUGUCCGAGCCGUACCAGAGGUUAGAACGGAAUUUGGCAAUCGGUUUGCAAUAUUACAGGUCUCCUCGAAGACAGGUCUGGCUCCUCUCUCUAGUGGCUUGUUUAUCCUGUUCGUUACCGCCAGUCUUUAGCACAUCAACAUGUCUUCUCUGAAGAUCAGUAGUUACAGGGUGGUUACUGCUGGCGUAGGCCAAGCAGGGUGUAGGUUAUUAUCUUUCUUUAACCUGUAGAAUCAAUUUAAAUCAGAUCUGCUCCGUAACUGAAUUAGUACUAGUUUAGAACACCCAGUGUUGUAUAAUUUGGAGCAUGCUUAUUACUUGGCUAUUAGCCAUUUCUUUUGAUCCGUGACCAUAAAUGUUUUUUAAAAAAAAUAUGCAAACCUUGGGGUGGAAUUCAGAAGUGGAAAGGAAACACCUGUCAAACUCCAUGGUAUAAUGCUUUAAUGUACAGGAUGGAAUUCGCACAGAACGUUGUUGUAAGCAGCUUUUUAGGUGGUGAUUGGUGUGUGGGAGCAUGAAUAAUAAACUGCCAAUAACCUAAAAUCCCAUUGCUUGGCCAUGAACUGUGCCUGGCAAUAGUGAUGGAAAUUGAGCUGGAAGGGGCUUUUAGAGAGAACCUGCUUCAUCUCCCUCUCAAAAUGAACUACUGGCAAGUUUAAUCUGAUCUAAAACUUUCAAUACCGGGAGUAUCAUGAACUUGUCAAGUAGUUUGCUCCAGUUCUUUGCUGUUCUUGCAGCAGUUGGAAAGUCUGGGGUUUUUCCUAAAUCUAAUUAAACCUCCCUGCCUUAUUGUAAGCCUCUUACUACUUGUCUUCUGUAUGGUCACAGAAAACUUACCUUUUUUUGCAGCAGCAGUCUUUUACUUGAAGAUGGUUAUAAUUUCUGCCCUCAUUCUUUGUCUUCUGUAAACUGAAUAAACCAUUUGAGGAAAAAAUGAGAGAGCUGUGAUCGUUUUCUCUUCCUUUCCUCUGGUUCUCUCCAUCUGCUGUCAAGUCUUCUUGAAAAGCGCUGCUGGUAACCAGCCCUGGUGUCCCAGCAAGAGAUCCUGAUUGGUACCAGAUGGAGGAACAGAAUUACUGAUGUGCAGAAUUCCUGUUUGUGGACAGGAACGUGGAGCUGGGCUCUAACGCGCUGUAAAAUCCUGUCCCUGCUACGGCAGGGAGUGUGUCCUACAGCCCCUUAUUUGUUGAUAGUCUGAGCCAGUUCACACAUCCCAGUAUGUUUUGCAACAGUAUGACCCUGAUUCAUGUUACAAUUUUCUGUAACUCUCUUUAGAGUCUCUUUUUUUGGCAGAAUCAUGAGUUACAGCCUCUCGUUCUGUAUCACAAAUUUGUGCAGCUGAGUGCCCCUGUGAAGCAUGUUGUUUUGUCUGCACAUCCUUGAACUGUGUCCUGUUUGUUUUGGAGCAUUUCUUUGAUUAUCAGGAAUUUAGAACACCUUCAAGCCUGGUCUUGUCAGCACCUCUCCUAAGCACAUAAUAUACGCUGUUAGUGAGUACUGAAUAUCUAGCACUGUCUUUGACAGGCCCCCCUCAUCGCUUUCCUGUGUGACUAUGGGGAAUGUUUUUAACCAGCUGUGUGCAUCAGCUUUACUUAAUUCUUACCAAUGCCUACUUGCUUUACAGAUUGUGAUGUUCAUCACACACAGGUCAGUGUAAGAUACCUUCAUUGUCGCUUUGGACAACCUUUAUUUAAUGAGAUCAGUUUUAAAACCUUACUAGAGGAUUUUCACCCCUUUCUUGAGCCUUUAAAAAAACUAUUUAAAUCCUGGAGACUGCCUUGGUACCAUAAAGCAACAGGAAUCAGUGUCAGGGAAGUGAGGUUUUCAAACGGCAAACGCUUUGUCCUUUUUUGGCAAGUUUCUACUUCCUGCCUUUUCCUUGAACAUCAGCUUCCUCUCCAAAAGAGGCAACUUCCUCCUCACCUGUCAUCACUGCUGUCGCUCCUUCGUGCUGGUCUGUCUUGCGCUGCUGGUGGCAAUGGCAUAGUCCACAAAGGCAGGGCUGUGUUUACUUGUCUAGCAGCAACUGCCCUAAGCUCAAGCAAGGGAAGCAACCUCUUUGAGCGCAAAGGCUUAGGCUGGUUUGGGAGUGAAAAAGGAGAUAAACUGGAGAGUGAGCUGCCUGCUAUGUACCGUACUGCCACAUCUUCUGUGGAUUAGAUAAAGCAUCCCGUGAACAUCAUCUGUGCGUGUGUAUUGUAUUCAGAGUUGCUGCAUUUUGUCAUGCAGACUUACUGCUGCCCCUUUAGCACAUUUCACAAACCGCAGUCCAAGAACUGGUGUGUUAGCAAGUGAAAUGAACCUCCUGUUCUUCCAGAACAGCGUGAGAUGAGACAAUUGUCAUCAUGUGUUGUUUUUUGGUUUUUUUUUCCUAGACAGUAGUUUCCAUAUUUGUUAAAUGUCAUGUUAAAAAACAUCACUCUUGACUGACUUUUUGCUGUGGUUGGAAAGAUUCAGUAAUUUAGAAAUGGGUGGUUGUUCUUUUAUUAUCACUCAAUGAUAUAAGUAAGAAUUUUUUCUUACCUGGAUAGUGUGUGGCCUGAGGUACGUCCAAACAUUACUGAGGCCUCUGCCAACAGGAAGAAGGUCACCAACCUUGUAAGUAGAGAUGAAUUAACCACUGCAGAGGUACUUUUAGCUAAUGGUUGAAUUGGGAGUCAGCAGGAUGGUAAACGUUUCAAGUACAAUCCUUGGUUCCCCAGGGCUCUUGCUGCCCAGCACCAAGAACACCAGCACUGCUGAGACUGGACUCUGUCUGGAAGGGCCUGUUUCUGACUGAGUUGGGAACUCAGCAUCUAUUUCAUGCUUAAAUUGCCUACCCUGCGACGGCUGCCCUAAGUCAGCUCUGACACAAGCACUGCUGUCUUGGCUGUAAGCAAUCUGCUGUGAAAUGGAUUUCUCGUUAACACCGCGUCCCCUCUUGUAGCUACAGGCUAUUCCGCUACAGGCGCUUUCCCCUGAUCUUCUCUCCACGAUGCUCUUUAGAUUUAGCAUGUGCCAGGUUCAGAGCAAGGCUAAGUGCUGCCUACGACAGGGGUUACAAUUAUACCAUCACCCUCUCCCUUCCCCACUGCUUUGCUGUGCGCUGCCCCAUCCUCAGACUUUACAAAACAACCAGAAGACUGAGGACUGUGGACUCUGCCGUGGUCCUGAGAGACCUAAAGACUAAAUACUUCUAAAUGUUGUGCCGGAAGUUAAGGGAUUAACUCUAAAUACACAUGAUGAUGAUAUACGUUUUUUCUCUCAGACCACCUGUACAGCAAAGAUGAAAUAUAAUCUCCUUUUCCCAAAAGAAUGCUUCAAACACAGACUGUAUGUCCUUACCCUUUAUAUCACAAGCUUCUACUUGUGGUGGUGUUUUUUUUUGCUGAAGGUCCAUUAGGAAUGAAAGCGAGGGAAAC